AUGCACAAUGCAGCAGCUACAACCAUAAGCUAUAUUCCAGCUGGGUAUAGACAAGACCUAGUAAAUUGUAUAUACAAAACCUUGAGAUCAAGUGAUGAUUCUUUAUCUGUCAUCUAUGCUACAAAUGCCAAUACUCUGAUUCAAGCCAUCAAAACAGAGUAUCUGUGUCAAAAGAUGAUUGGGCUAAAUAUGGCUACCUCUAAGAGCUAUUGGAUAAAUGGAACAAUAGGAGAGUAUAAUUCUUGGUACAUGGAUGGUGGAUUUACAGCACAAUACGGGACAGAAACAUCAGCUUUACUACACAUUGAUCUUAGCCAAUAG